AUGUCUCCAUUCCACAGUCAAGCAAAGGUUGUUGACCUGGCGAGUCCGUGCUCCCCCCAAACCCUCGACCACUGCAGUGGCCGCUUUCCCCUCCGCCCUCCUCGUCCACGGCGCUCGCCCCGCCGCCAGGCUGCUCGCCGCCGGCGCUCUCGCCGACGGCGAUGUCGUGUUCGGAGCUGCGCCUGCGCCCCGCCACCCCCUUCUCCGGCGACCUUCCUGCGGACUCGCGAGGUCCUCCUCCGCCUCCCGGCCAAGGAGCUCUGCCGCCUCCGCGCCGUCUGCCCCGCCUGGCGCGCCCUCACCUCCGACCCGCUCUUCAUCGCGGCGCACAAGUCCCGCCACCGCACGGCGCCCCCGCUCCUCGCCAUGGCCUACCGCGACGACAGUGGGGUCAACGGCGUUGAGAUUUCGGAUUUGUCCGGCAAUGUGGUGAAGCGGAUACCAAGCGCCGGGUAUGAAAUUGUUCUGGUGGACGGGUUGUCAGGGGUUGCCAGUGGGCGGAUGUCAAGCAAGCACGAUACCAUCCGUGUUGCGCGCACGCGGCUUGACCUUGUUUGUUUCAACUGGAGCUUCUGCUCUGGGGACUUCUGGGUGCUGAACCCGGCCACCGGAGAUACCAUCACCUUGCCGAGGGGCUUCUCGGAGGAAUUGGCACAUGAGCUAGAAGCAAAGGGGAUAAAGGAAUGGUGCUGCGGAGUCAAGUCCUAUGCUUUUGGGCAGGUCUCCUCUACCAGAGAGUACAAGGCGCUCCGCGUCUCUGAAAUUGGUGACCGAAAGGUAUGUGAGGUUAUCACCUUUGAUGCCACCAAACAUGGAAGCUGGAGGAGAAAGCAGGACCCUCCGCCAUCCCUUAUCUCUCCCUGUCACAAGAUAUUGAGGAGAUGUGUGGUCGUUGAUGGGGUGGUGUACUUCUUGAUGGACUUUUCCUCCACAUACUUUGAAACUGGGGUUAUGACCAUUGAGCCUGGUAGCGUAGCUUCGUUCAACCUCGAGACAGAAGAGUGGCGUGUUCUACGUGGCCCAGAACAGGUGCAGAGGUUUGUGCAAGAGAACGAGGAUUCCGAUUACUUGAUACUUGAACUCGAGUUAUCAUUGGCUGAGUUGAACGGCUGCUUAGUUAUGGUUCAUAGUAUUCAUAAAGCAUCUAUGGACUUGUGGUUUUUGACAGAUUUUGAGAAAGAUACCUGGGUUAAGAAAUACAGCAUGCCUUCAUCACAUGUUGCUAGGUUUGGAUAUCCUUUUCUGAUGUUAGAUGAUGGGAGAAUUUUCUUUACUCGGUCGGAUUAUCUACAAUGUUUAGCUGGUGCUGAGGGAUUUCUGCAAGGUUAUAAUCCAAGAAAUGGCACUUAUGCUGAUGCUCUAAAACUGAGAGAUUCCGAAUCCAUUGGCAUUUACACGGGAAGCCUGCUGAGUUUAUAGAGUAGAUGUCACUAAUGAGGUGAAUAAUGCAUCGUACUGGCUGUUUACCUUAUGUAGUAAAUGUGAACAAUUAGUGAGACAAUGUUUUGAUGCAUGCAUCGAUGAAAAUGUACUUUUGUGCCUUCAACGUAUAUUGUGUUAAUCUCCGAUACAUUUUGCAUGAGAAGGUUUGCAGUUGUUGUUCGUUCCAUUUUGUAUGGCAAUUUCAGGAGUUUGGCCAAUGAGUUGUUGUAUGCAUAUAGUAGUCAGUUUGUAACAAACAAGCUUUUAAUGUGGUGUUUCAAAAUAUAAUAUGCUGCUCUAGUGCAACAUACGGGUACAGGAAUGCAUAGUUUGUUCCUUUCAUGGAACAGAAUUAUGAUUUGCUAGGUAAAGUCAUACACAAUAACAUGUUCUGUGAAAGUGAUCUCUACUCUUUGAUUCUUGUCUCACAUUUAUCUUGUCCUUGAAUGUUCAAUGCUACCUGGUGUCACCGAGUCACAUCUCUCUGUUUUUCUUCUGCUCCGUGUCUACUUUCAUUUGUCCCCAUUCUCUUUUACUGAAUUUUGUGCUUGUAGCCGGCUCAAGUUUUGAAGGGACAAAAAUUUAAAGACUCGUGAUGAAUCUAUUUGCUGCUCUUAGCUUGGGAAGCCAGGACGCUGUGUUUCGUGGGCGGCUCAUAUCAAGUGAAUAUUUGAAAAGAGGUUCAGGUAAUCUCCGGCUGUACAGCUUCUCUUCUCCAUUGCUUCCUUGUAAUUGUAAAAUGCAGAGGAUGACAGGGAGCUCUUCCGCGGCAAGGAUGGCUUGCUGUACAGAGAGUGUUUUGGUCUUUUGUGCUGGGAGCUAGUUGGAUACCUGGAUUUUGUGGAUUUUGGUCUUGUGACUGGCAGACUCUUUCAUCCUUUUUUUUAACAUGACUCUUUCAUCUUUGGAGCUGCUCUUCUGUGGAUGCCUUUUAGAUUGUCUAUUUUCUCUUGGGGAUGAAGACGGAACAUAUAUUAUGUACUGAAGAAACUCGAAAAUUUUCUAAGAACCAGUUGGUUGCUUUUGUUAUA